AUGAAGAAGAAAAUAACCCUAUCCACCUACCCGGUUUUUCCGAUUCAUGGGCAAUCUUUCGGUCCACCCCCAUUCACCUCGAAGAAACCGCCGCAUGGCACGCCGCCUUUUAUCCCAGCAGUGACAGGAAUGGGGAUACCCUCAUCAACAGUUGUGGGUGUAGGGACAAGCAAGACUGCGAUGGAAUACCAUUGUGACGAGCUGGAAGAGCGGCUAAAGGCCAUAGAAGGGACUCAGGCUGCCAGUACCGCCAGACGCUCAGAUUACUGCUUGGUGCCUAAUGUAGUCCUUCCUCCAAAGUUUAAAAUGCCAGAUUUCAAGAAGUUUGACGGGACCACAUGCCCUCGAACCCAUCUCCGGAUGUAUUGUCAGUUGAUGGCAGCCUAUGUCGAUAAUGAGAAGUUGAUGAUGCAUUGCUUCCGAAGCAGUCGUACCAGGACAGCGGCUAGAUGGAUGUCUCUUUCUGAAAUAGAGAAAAAGCCAACAGAGACUUUCAGGGAGUAUGCACACUGUUGGAGAGACGCGGCCACUCAAGUGGAUCCUCUUGUUGGCGAUCGUGAGGCAAUAUCGAUGUUUGUAGGGACAUUAAAAGAUCCCUACUGUUUACACCUGGUAGGCUCCACCCCUCAUAACUUCAUGUACAUUGUGGCAGCAAGGGCCAGAGUGGAAGCCGACGUCAAAGAUGGACGGAUAAAGACUAGCAAUACCGAUAACGACCCAAGUAAGAAGUGGGUCAAAGGUAAAAAGGAAGAAGAGACCCAAAUGAUACAGGGGUCUAUAAAGAGCCUAAGGCAAAGAAGCCAAAGUCAACAACCUAGGAGAAAUUUCUACAUGGAACCAGUAGUAAACUAG